GGGAAAAGAGGGGAGUAAGACACUUCACCAGACCCUCCCGGCAGCGCGGACAAGGUAGUGAGGGCUCGGGAGGGACGGUGGCGGCCUCUAGCGAUCAAUUCUGUGUUUCAUUUCCCCCUCCAUGUGUUGUGUUCCCCCUGUGAAGACGCCAGCACGCCCGCACGCCCGCGCCCACGCCCCCCGCAGCCAUGUACGGCUUUGUGAACUACGCUAUCGAGCAGCUGGUGGUACGAAACUUCGGGGACGACACUUGGGAGGACAUCAAGCGUGAGGCAGAGGUACACAUGGACGGUUCCUUCCUCGUCAGGCUCACCUAUGAGGAUGAGAUCACCUACAACAUCGUGGGGGCGGCGGAGAGGGUGCUGGGUGUUCCCGCCAACGCCAUCUUGGAGAUGUUCGGCAAAAUGUUCUUCAAGUUUUGUCAGGAGUCUGGCUACGACACCAUCCUGCAGGUCCUCGGCGCCACCGUCAGCGACUUUCUGCAGAACCUGGACGCUCUACACGACCACCUCGCCCUCGUGUACCCCGGCAUGAAGGCACCCAGCUUCAGGUGUACGGAGCGGGCCGAAGACGGGGCGCUUAUCCUUCACUACUACUCCGACAGGCCAGGGCUGGAGUACAUUGUCAUCGGCAUCGUGAAGGCGGUGUCGAAGGAGCUGCACGACACGGAGGUGGAGGUGGAGAUCCUUAAGACGAAGGAGCAGGAGGGUCACGUGCAGUUCCUCAUCACGGAGAAGGACUCACACACGACCCAUCACAUCAGCGAGACGAGCCACGACCUCGAGGCGGAAACGGAGUCCAAGAUCAGCCCCAAGACGUUCUGCCAGGUCUGUCCCUUCCACCUCAUGUUCGACCGGGACCUCCACGUGCACCAGGCGGGGGAUUCCAUCUGUCGCGUCCUGCCCUCCGUCACCUACCCCGACGCUGCCCUCGACAAGCUCUUCCAAGUGGUGCGUCCUCACAUGGAGCUCACCUUUGAAAACAUCCUCUCCCACAUCAACACGAUCUACGUCCUCUGCACGCGUGAGGGGCUCGUCCAGGCGACCCGCGACGAGCCAGGACCCGACCAAGGCUGCCUGCGACUCAAGGGCCAGAUGAUCCACCUCCCGGAGAACGAUCUGAUGCUCUACGUGUGUUCGCCCUCCGUGCUCAACCUCGACGACCUGUACCGCCGUGGGCUCUACCUCUCCGACAUCCCCCUGCACGACGCCACGAGGGACCUGGUGCUGCUGAGCGAGAAGUUCGAGGCCGAGUACACCCUCACCACCAACCUCGAGAUUCUGAACGAUAAACUGCAGCAGACGCACCGCGAACUCAACAGCGAGAGGCAGAAGACGGAUAAGCUGCUCUACUCCGUCCUGCCCAUCAGUAUCGCCAGCGAGCUGCGUCACAAAAGGUCCGUGCCGCCGAGGAGGUACGAGGUGGUAACACUGCUCUUCUCAGGCAUCGUGGGCUUCACCGAGUACUGCUCCAGGCACACUGACAUCGCCGGGGCCUCCAAGAUCGUGCGCAUGCUCAAUGAUCUCUACACCGCCUUCGACGUGCUCACGGACGAGGUCAAGAAUCCCAAUGUUUACAAGGUCGAGACUGUGGGGGACAAAUACAUGGCCGUGAGUGGACUGCCCGAGACCUGCGACCACCACGCGCGCUGCAUCGGUAACCUCGCCCUGGACAUGAUGGACAAGGCUGCGGGGGUCAUCGUGGACGGCCAGCGCGUGCAAAUCACCAUCGGCAUCCACACCGGCGAGGUGGUGACGGGGGUGAUCGGCCAGAGGAUGCCACGCUACUGCCUGUUUGGUAACACUGUCAACAUCACCUCGAGGACGGAGACGACGGGCGAGAAGGGCCGCAUCAACGUGUCAGAGGUGUCCUACAGAUACUUGCAGCAGCCGGAAAACCAAGACUCCGGGUUCGCCUUCACCUACCGCGGCCCCGUGCCCAUGAAAGGAAGGAAGGAGCCCAUGCAAGUGUGGUUCCUCAGCAGGCGGAGGGCGGCGUGAGGCAGCCGAGCAGGACAAGGGAUGUGAGGGGCGGGGGGAGCAUGGGCGGGGGGCGGGAGAGCUGAUGACUGCUUCACCUCGUUUGCUACGAACAGUAAUCAUUGCCAAAGAGUUUGACGCUUUAAUGAAACUAGUUUCAUCUUAAAUAAUGUUUUCAUGUUAAAAAAAAAAAAAUCCUUUUUUUACAUGCAGUGUCACCGUUCAGCAUAUGUUUAGUUAUGAAUUUUGAUCGACAAUGCUAUGUGCGUUUAUGAAUGAAUUUAUGGGUAUCGUUAUAAUUCAACGCCUUGUUUUCGUCACCCAGCUUUGUGAUGGUUAAGUAUUACGUGUGCUUACAGUGUGAGAAAUUGUGUGCAUAUAUAUAUAUAUAUAUAUAUAUAUAUAUAUAUAUAUAUAUAUAUAUAUAUAUAUAUAUAUAUAUAUAUAUAUAUAUAUAUAUAUAUAAUCCUAUAAGUAAUUUGUUCCCAUGCCUUUAUAGUAAUGAACGGCCUGUAUAUAUCAAAGGUCCAUGUAUUAUUCCAGAGUUAUAAAUGUGAUAAAAGUUUCGUGAUUUAUUUUUUCGCAGGCUGUUUUCUGUGGCAACAGAGUUGUGUGUGUGUGUGUGUGUGUGUGUGUGUGUGUGUGUGUGAGGGGGGGGUUGUACUGAAAAUAUAGAUUAAAAU